CUGGAUAGUUAGGGAUUCAGGAAGCCCGCUUGCCAACGUCUCUCAAUUUCAAACCUGGUCCACCACACAACAACAACAUGCUGUGAGAGAAGACAGAUUUCUUUAUCCUUCCAUCACCAUGUCGACACCCGAUCAACUCAAGCAGAUCUUUGAACAGACUCUCAACCCAGACGCCAAUGUCCGCAAGAACGCCGAGAAUGCGCUGAAUGAAGCCCGUAAACUUCCCGGUCACUCGUUGCAUUUGUUGCAGAUUGUCGCCAAUGCGUCGUCUCCACAGGAAGGUCCUAUUCGACAAGCAUCCGCAGUCCAUUUCAAAAACAUUAUCAAGAAAGGCUGGGAUUUGCAGUCGGAUGACGGCACGGAUGGCAUUGUCAUUUCCCCGGAGGACCGAAACACCAUCAAGGGUCACUUGGUGGAACUCAUGUGCACGGUACCCAAUCAGAUUCAAGCUCAACUGUCGGAAGCCAUCAGUCUCAUUGCCAAAGUUGACUACCCCGCCCAAUGGGACAAUCUACUUCCUCAGUUGGUCUCGCAAUUCGGUUCCACCGAUCCUGCCGUCGUCAAUGGAGUCUUGAAGACGGCCAAUUCCAUCUUCAAAUCAUUUCGCUAUGUGGGUCGCUCGGAUGGACUCUACAGUGUCAUCAAGUACACCCUCGAACGCAUCCAAGCCCCAUUGCUCAAACUAUGCAUUGAUACGGGAAAUUUGGUCGACAUGCACGCCAAUGAUCCAGCGCAAUUGGCACCACGCUUGGAGUCUCUUCGUCUCAUUUGUCGCAUCUUUUUCUCGCUCAACUAUCAAGAUCUACCCGAAUUUUUCGAAGAUCACAUGAAGGAAUGGAUGGAACAAUUCUCCAAAUACCUACAAUACAAAAAUCCCGUCGUCAUUGACGACAGUGAAGACACCGAACCGGGUCCCAUUGACAAACUACAGGCGGCCAUUAUUCAAAAUUUGGCACUCUACGCCGACAAGGAUGAAGAACCGUUCCUUCCCUUUUUGCCGGAAUUCACAAAGUUGGUUUGGAAUUUGCUCAUGACCGUAUCGGACAAACCCAAACACGAUAGUUUGGCCACUACAAGUAUCAAAUUCUUGAGUUCGCUCGUUUCCAAACUCAUGCACAAGAACCUCUUUGAAGCCGAUCAGACUUUGGGAGAAAUCGUGACCCGUAUCGUCAUUCCCAAUUUGCAAUUUCGAGAGAGUGACGAGGAACUCUUUGAGGACGAUCCCCGCGAGUACAUUGUCACGGAAGUGGAAGGAAGCGACAGCGAGUCCAGGCGACGAUGCAGUCAGGAUCUUUUGCGUGCCAUGUGCCGUCAAUUCGAAGAAAAGACCACCACCAUUUGUCUCGAGCACGUCAAGACGAUGUUGGCCAACUAUUCCAGCAAUCCCAAUGCUCACUGGAGAGCCAAGGAUGCAGCGAUCCAUUUGAUGUUGGGAAUUGCAGCUCGCAAGGAAAGUUCUCUCGGUGUGUCCGAGACCAAUCCUGGUGUCAACCUCAUGGAUUUCUUCGCGGGACAAAUCUUGCCAGAUUUGCAAGAUGCCAACCACGAUUCACGACCUGUGGUCAAGGCGACAGCAUUGAAGUUUGUAACAACGUUCCGCAAUCAGUUCUCGACGCAAGAACUGGUACAGCUCUUUCCCAUGAUUAUUGCUCAAAUGGGAUCGCCUGUCGUCGUGGUUCACACUUUUGCGGCGUACUCGAUUGAACGACUUCUUAACGCGAAGGAUGCAACAACAAAACAACCCAAACUUGGCAGAGCCGAACUCCAGCCCUUCCUGGAGCCUCUCUUUACUGCGCUCUUUGGAAUUGUCGACAAUGUUGAGUGGAAUGAAAACGAUUACGUCAUGAAAUGUGUCAUGAGAGCCUUGUCCGUUGCGGACGAAGAUGUCGUCCCAAUCACCCAGAUUGUGAUUGAGAAGCUGACAACAGCGUUGGAACGAGUCGCCAAAAAUCCUCGCAAUCCACAGUUCAAUCAUUUCUUGUUCGAGUCGAUUGCCGUGUUGGUGCGAGCAGUGUGCGCCAAGAAUCCUACCGCCACCGGUGCCUUGGAGAACUUGCUCUUCCCACCGUUCCAAACCAUCCUGCAGAACGACAUUGUCGAAUUCACGCCCUACGUGUUCCAAGUGUUGGCGCAGUUGCUCGAAUUCAGGUCGGCCGAUGGAGGUCUUGGUCAGUACGAACCUUUGUUCCGUCCACUUUUGACGCCAACUCUGUGGGAACGCAAGGGCAACGUCCCAGCUCUGACCCGAUUGAUGCAAGCCUAUCUGAUGAAGGCCGCGCCACAACUUGUUCAAGGAGGAUACCUACAGGGCAUGCUCGGGUGUUUCCAAAAGAUGCUUUCCGUUCCUGCGACCGAGGCGGACGCCUUCAACCUGCUCAUCUCUCUUGCGAUGUAUGUGCCGCCGAAUGACAUGCAGCAGUACAACUCAACGAUCUUCAACAUGUUGCUCACAAUGCUCCAGAAAGCCAAGGGACGAUCUCCAGUCAAGUUCAGUCGGUUUGCCAACCACAUCAUCCGGUAUUUUGCCGUCUAUGUUGCCAAGUAUGGAGCCGCCCAAUUCAUGACGAAUUUGAAUAGCAUCCAGCAGGGACUUGCAGUCAAUAUCAUUGCUCAGGUCUGGCUCAAGCGUUUGCAGGAAGAUGCACCCAAGGGGCUUGAUGCCAAAGCCCAGGUUGUUGGGCUCACGAAGUUGCUUGUCGAAACGCCUGUUGACAAUGCUCAGCUUUGGUGCGCCAUGUUCUUUUGUAUUUCUCGUGUUCUCGCCACCACGUCCUUGGCGGCAGGAAUCGAAGGUGCCGACCUGGAGGAUAUGAUGAUUGGCGAGGUGCAGUACGAUUCCAACUUCUCCAGCCUGGUGAAUGCCAAGAAGAAGGCUGUCGACCCGGUUCCAGAGGUCCCCGAUCCGGCGAUCUUUGUCUCGCAGGCCAUUCAGCAGCUCUCCGCUAGCAACCCUGGACGAUUGACGCCUCUUGUUCAGGAGAGCCUCAAGGAUGACCCCAAGCUUGCUCAGGGUAUUGAUUCCAUGCUGAAGAGCAACAAUGUGAGAUUGGCCUAAAAGUGGAAGGGAUAAAAGCACCGACAGCAGCAGGCUUGCAAAUCCUCGCAAGUAGCAAUCAACGACUAUGCAUCUACGCCUAGCUAGAAAAACACCUAAAAAUAUAUUACAUAGUUCCAACCAGCCAAAGAUG